AUGAUUGAAAGAGAUGGAUCAAAAGAAAAGGAUGUGAUUUCAAAAAAGAUUAUUGAUAAAGACCAUGAACUUAAGCUAAAAGAAAAUCGCGAAGAAUUUUACCCAUCUUCUCAUAAGAACAAGACUUGCAUCCCAAUUUUGGUAUCAACCGGCUCACCCACAGGAACAAGAAAAUUGUUUGAAUGUUUAAAGCCUCGUGAACUUACUGACCAAGAGCUGCAUUCAUUGGAAGGCAUGGAAUAUUCAGACUGGUUUAAAGUUACUCUUGAUGGAUUUAAGGGGCAAAUCCUUGCAAUGAAUUUUGACAAUGAUGAUACACUUUUAGCUGGAGCUGAGGAUCAUAAAAUUCAAACCACUAUUCUUUCUUUCUCUCUCAAUCACUCACUCACUCUUUUCUUGGUAAUUGUUCUGUUUAGAAUCAGAAUCGACAUGAAGGAAUACUCAGUUUCCUGCAAAAGACAUAGCAAACACCACACUAAAAGACAACACCAUGUUGUCUCAAAACAACCAUCUGCACAAAACCAUUCUCUCAUAUUGUCCACUUCCCAAAACAUUCCACCUAUGCUACCUGCUUUUGUUUCUUUGCUACUUCUUCUUACUUCAAUUACACCAUCACUUUCUCAUCACACCAUUGUCUCACAUUCUACUCACCACUCAAAGACUAACCAAACUUUCAAACCAAGUCAAGAGUUUCUCAAGUUAAGCAGAAUCAGAACUCAUCUCAAGAAAAUCAAUAAGCCUCCUGUCAAAACAAUUCAGAGUCCAGAUGGUGAUUUGAUAGAUUGUGUUUUAUCUCAUCAACAACUAGCUUUUGAUCAUCCUAAGCUUAAAGGGCAUAGACCAUUGAAUCCACCAGAAAGGCCAAAGGGAUACAAAAACAAUGGAGAAAAUGUUAGUGAGAUGUUUCAGCUUUGGGCUGAUUCCGGUGAAGCGUGUCCCGAAGGAACGGUUCCGAUCAGAAGAACAACAGAAGAGGAUAUUCUUAGAGCAAGUUCUAUCCAAAGAUUUGGAAGAAAGCCAAAACCUGUGAAGAAAGAUUCAACUAGUAGUGAUCAUGAGCAUGCAAUUCUUUUUGUAAAUGGAAACCAAUACUUUGGAGCAAAGGCAAACAUAAAUGUGUGGACACCACAAGUAACAAAUGGAUAUGAAUUUAGUUUGUCACAAAUAUGGGUUAUUGCUGGCUCUUUUGGUAAUGAUCUCAAUACCAUAGAAGCUGGUUGGCAGGUAAGUCCAGAACUAUAUGGAGACAAAUAUCCAAGGUUCUUCACUUAUUGGACUACAGAUGCAUAUCAAACAACUGGAUGCUACAACUUACUAUGUUCAGGUUUUAUCCAAACAAACAACAAAAUCGCAAUAGGAGCAGCAAUCUCUCCCAUUUCAGCUUAUAACAAUAAACAGUUUGAUAUUGGCAUAAUGAUUUGGAAGGAUCCAAAGCAUGGACACUGGUGGUUGGAAUAUGGUUCAGGACUGUUAGUUGGAUAUUGGCCAGCAAGCAUGUUUAGUCACUUGAGGAAUCAUGCAAGCAUGGUACAGUUUGGUGGAGAGAUUGUGAAUACACGUUCUAAGGGUUACCACACUGGGACUCAAAUGGGGAGUGGACACUUUGCAGAAGAAGGGUUUAGAAAAGCUGCUUAUUUUAGAAACUUACAAGUGAUUGAUUGGGAUAAUAACUUGCUUCCUCUAGCUAAUAUUCAUGAGUUGGCUGAUCAUUCAAGUUGUUAUGAUAUUAGGCAGGGGAAUAGUAAUGCUUGGGGGACUUAUUUUUAUUAUGGAGGUCCUGGAAGGAAUGUAAAAUGCCCAUGAAAAAAAGUCACACUUGUUGUAUGAUAUAUUAUAGCCUUCUUUGUUACAUAUUUUGUAUUCCUCAUCAUUGUACUCCUUCUAAUUAUAAUUACAUGAGCAUUAAC